AUGCCCAAAGCCACUUGCACACCAACAACUACCUCUACCAGCAAGAGCACUAGAGGUAGGGUCACAUACACGGGUACUCAAACAGAAGACCCAUGUUGUCGCAUGACCGACUUUGGCUUUAGAGUGGCGCUCGUGUACAUGUUUGUCAUCCUCGACGCCCCUGCCAACCACACUGAGGAAGAGAGUGAAUCUGGUUGGCCUCUAGCCCAGCUGGAACCAAAAGCAGAAUCCGAACAGGCUGCCUGCACCUCGUCAUCCUCCUCCUCUGUCUUCUCCUCCUCCAGCUUCAGGUCCAACUCCCUGUUCUCCAAGUCUUCCAAGUCUUCUACGACUACCGCCACGACAACACCGUCCCCACUCCCUUCUCGCACUUCCACCAUUGGAACUGGGCUAACCGACAACCCCUUCUCCCCGACCACCAAGAAAGCAAAAACCCUCCUGGCAGCCGCCAGAUACAUGUGGUCCCUAUCGGCCAAGGCCGAGUACGAGCACGAUGAGAGACUGGGCCAGUGGCCGGGUUGGUUACUUCUGGACCAGGGCGGUGGCGGUGUUUCUCUGUCUGCGUGCGAGAAUGCGGUGGCUGCGGCGAGAGUGCUGUUGAGGGUUUUGUGGUUGAGGGUUGCUGUCAUGAUGUAG